ACGCGGCAAGAGGUGAUUGGCCCGGUGGAUUAUCCUCGCCCUCUUGUUCCACCCCAUCCCGUCUCACGCGACCCGCACCAGUACUCAACCCCGGUCUGUCUGCUCCCGCAGCAAAGCGAAGAAAUGGCUGUUCUUGAAUUCUCCGUCACUUCGACUCCCAGGUUCUGGUUUUUGCAACACCGCAAGAGGGCGCCGGCGGCGGUGAGAGGCGAAGUGAGGUACGUGAACGGCGACGAGGCCAAGAAGCUGGUGAGCGAGGAAGGGUUCAAGAUUUUGGAUGUUCGCGACAGGAUCCAGUACGAGAGGGCGCACGUAGCCGGCCCCUGCUACCACGUCCCGCUCUUCAUCGAGAACAAGGACAACGACAUCGGCACCAUUAUAAAGAGGCAAGUGCACAACAAUUUCGCCGGCUUGUUCUUCGGGCUCGCGUUCACCAAACCGAACCCGGACUUCGUUCAAUCAGUAAAGAAACAGCUUCCAGAGGAUAGUAAACUGUUGGUGGUCUGCCAGGAAGGAUUGAGGUCAGCAGGAGCAGCCGACAAACUAGAUGAGGCAGGCUAUGACAAUAUUGCAUGUCUCACAUCUGGUCUUCAAUCACUAACACCAGGAACCUUUGAAUCUGUUGGUUCCACUGAGCUGCAAAAUGCAGGCAAGGCUGGUCUUGUGACCAUCCAAGGGAAGAUUUCUGCAGUUCUUGGAACUGUGCUAAUUUGUGCCUUUCUUUUUAUCACAUUCUUCCCUGAACAAGCUGAGAAGUUGCUUCAGAUGAGCCCUACGAGUUAGGUGCAACAGUUUUGCCAUUCAGUUUCUGAAUAGUCUUCAUUGUUCAGAUACGAUAAGUUCUUGAAGGUGGUGCUCUUUUUGGGUAAGGAUUCAAUGUAACCUCCUAAUGUUCUCGAGUCAUUACAUAACUAUGCAGAAUAGGGUUUAUGAAAGGAUUUGUCUUCCCUUGACAAUGAAUAUAGACUACAUUGGAUCA